UAAGUAUUUUUUUUUAAUUUUUAAGAGAUUUUUGGUUGUGUUUUGAAUUUAAUUCAUAAAUCAAGGAUUUAGUGAAAAUCCUAGUUUUCAUUGUCCAUGAAAACUUACGCUUAAUUUUGUCAAUUAAUUUGCAAAUUUAAAUCAAUAAAAAUUAUUUUAAAUUAAGAUAACUAAAAGGCAAAAUUUGGCGGGAGAUUUUAUAAGAGUUUUAUCACGCACAGUGUUAUCAAUUCUUGGUAAUAGAUUGCGCUGAUUUCUCUUUCUUUCAUUUGUUUCCAACACCAAAACCAUGCGGUUUUAGUUAAAAAAAAAUAAAGAAAAGUGGGAUAAAGUGAAAAGUGUGACAUUGUCCGGGAAAUUGAAGAUUCAGGACAACAACGAUGGCCAGCAGUAGCCAGCAGCAACACUAUGAAUUGUCCCCAGUGGAUGGGGAUUACACGCAAAAUUGGAUAAAUCACAUUCUAACUGGUGACACUCGGUACUUUCGUUUUAUGGACUAUGCACCGGAACUCCAGGCAAUCCCUGCCGAAGUGAUAACGUUGAUUGUGAAAUUAUGUUCCCAAUUCAACCUUACGACGGAUAUUGAGUUCUCCUGCUUCGACACAAUGGAUUACUUUAUGUCGUGCAAAUUUGAGGAAAUGCAGAAACGUCUGGAGAUGCUGAAGACACGUGGGCAGGUGAAGGGGGAUUUUGGGUGGAUUUAUGUGAAGAAGGAAUUUGUGGCGACAUUCGAGGUGACAAUUCUCAGUAUAAUAUCCCUCGUGACGAAAUUCUUCGAUGGGAAUCAAUUUAGGAAUUCCCAAAUGGAACGUCUCUGGCGGAGGCUUAAUCAGCAGGAGGAGGUAUACGUGAGCCUCUUAAGCAAAGAGGUGGAAGUGCUGAAGAUACUCAACUACAGGAUUCGAAAAUCUCAAGCUUUGGAAGCAAUUGAGCUCUUCCUGGUGAUCUGUGUUAAGCCCCUUUUGCCAAUGAAGCUGCAAGAUUUGCUUUUUCUCUCAAUAAAAAUACUGCGAAUUGUCUAUUUGAACCGGAACAGUAUCUAUAGCCCAUUGAAGCCACUACUGCUGAAAACACCCACGAAUAAUAAUAUAUUUCACGCCAUUCAAACGGAUAAAGUCCUUAUGGGAGCCGCAGUUAUUCUGGCUUCAAUAAAAUUCCUUCAAAUUCCAUCGGCAAUGGAGGGAAAUGUCCGGAAAUCAAUUGCUAAUGCGAGUAAUCUUGCGGUGAAUGACAUCAAGGUGCUGAGCAAGGAGAUGUAUCGAGUGGCAAAAUUAAUUUUUUCCGGCAAAAAUGUGCCGGAAGCUUAAAUUCUUUUUUUUUUAAUUUAAUUUCCAUGAAAUACUGAAUUGUACAAAAAAAAGAAGAAGAAUUUAUUUAAAUAAAAUUAACGAUUUUCUUCAAUGAAAAAUCUCCCAAUUGAGUGGGAGAUAAGAAAGAAAAUAAA